AAAAACAAAAUCAAAAAAAANUACACAUACUUGUUUGUGGCACACAUUUGUUGGUGUUGCAUGGAAAUGGGGUUUGGUAGUAACAAUGUGGAUGUAAUGAAGAAAAGAACAAUGAGAUGGGUAUUGUCCAUUUGGAGGACGAUUUAUGAGGUGGGGCAACAAGACCAAAGACGGGUUAUCCAUGCACUCAAAGUAGGGCUUUCACUCACAUUGGUUUCGCUCUUGUAUCUCAUGGAGCCUUUGUUCAAAGGUAUCGGUCAGAAUGCAAUCUGGGCUGUCAUCACCGUUGUCCUAGUGCUUGACUUCACUGCUGGGGCAACACUUUGCAAAGGCUUUAAUAGAGGGCUUGGCACAUUGCUAGCUGGAUCACUUGCUUUUCUCAUGGACUUCAUCGCUCAAGAAUCCGGAGCGGCAGCUACAUACAUUAGAUUUGUCCCUUACAUAAAGAAACAUUAUGACUACGGAGUAGUGAUUUUCCUGGUGACCUUCAAUUUGAUUACUGUUAGCAGUUAUCGUGUCCACAACGUGCUUCAGAUAGCACACACUCGCUUAUACACUGUAGCCAUAGGCUGUGCAAUUUGUCUCGUCAUGAGCUUAUUUAUAUUCCCCAAUUGGUCGGGACAACAUCUCCAUAAUUCUUCCAUCUCUAAGCUUGAGGGAUUGGCAUACUCCAUACAAGCUUGUGUGAAUGAAUACUUCAGCAAUGAAGAGCAGAAGGUGGACAAAGAUGAAUCAUCGGAAGAUCAAAUCUACAAGGGCUAUAAGAGUGUUCUGGAUUCAAAAUCAACAGAUGAGACCUUGGCACUGCAUGCAAGUUGGGAGCCAUGCCAUUCAAGCCAGUGUUACAGAGUCCCCUGGCAGCAGUAUGUCAAGUUAGGAGAUGUUAUUCGCCAUUUUGGCUAUACCAUUGUCUCUCUACAUGGAUGUCUUCAAACUCAAAUUCAGACUCCGAAAUCCAUACGCGCCCUCUUCAAAGACCCGUGCACCCGAGUGGCAGCCGAACUACACAAGGCACUCGUGGAGCUAGCCCGCAGCAUAAGGGACCAGCGGCAGUGCUCCCCCGCAAUCCUCUCAGACCAUCUCCACCAAGCUUUGCAGGACCUCGAUGCUGCUCUCAAGUCCCAACCCCGUCUUUCCCUCCUAUCCUCCAACAACACACUGUCAUCAACCCUCCACACCGUUAAGAGUGACGAGGGGAAAUCGGGAAUAUUACGGCCGACACAGAGUAAGAAUAUUGAGAUAAUUAUGAGCUUGGAGUUUUCGGAGGCCCUCCCAUUUGCGGCGUUUGCGUCUUUGCUAGUGGAGGCAGUGGCAAGGCUGGAGCUGGUGAUUGAGGAGGUGGAGGAGCUCGGGAGGGUCGCCAAUUUCCGUGAGUUUUAUAAGGAUCGUGAUCGUGCAGAUGGCGUCAAGGUUAAUGAUCACUUGCCGCCUCAUGAGGCAGCAGAUUGUUGAUUUUCUUGAAAUUAAGGUAUGGAAUUCAUGGGGAUUGUCUGUACUUUGGUUGGGAAUGGAAUUUCAUAAAUUUGUUGGAUACGCAUAUGGACAUGCAUUUGAUCGUUCUAUGUAUUUCAUCUUAUACUUAUUACAUCGUUGUUCCAUUAUCAUUAUAUUAAUUGAUAAUAUUAAUGACAGUUUUGCUAUGGAGUCAUUGGAUGACUCAGCUUAUGAAG